CGCAGGGGCCUGCGGGGCGGGGCCUGCGGGGCGAGGCCCGCGGCGCGUCCCGGAACCAGAGACGGGGCAGCGCUCGAGUUCCUGCGCGGGACUGCUAAGGCACGACCACGGGCCGGAAGGCUGCCAGGCCCAGUGGGCAAGCGAAGAAAUGAACCACCGCAACACGGGCGCUUGGGUUCGGGGCCGAGUGCGAACCUGAGCCCCAAAUCCCGACCCAGGCAGGGGCGGGGCCCGGGGCGGGGCCUUGGAGGCCCAGCCCGCGCGGCGACGUCUCCACGUGGCGUCUCAGCACCGACUGACAGCCACCCGCCAUGGCCGCAGACCAGCGCCCGAAGGCCGACACCCUGGCCCGGAGGCAACGGCUCAUCAGCUCUUCCUGCAGACUCUUUUUUCCCGAGGAUCCUGUUAAGAUUGUCCGGGCCCAAGGGCAGUACAUGUAUGAUGAACAGGGGGCAGAAUACAUCGAUUGCAUCAACAAUGUGGCGCACGUUGGGCACUGCCACCCUCUCGUGGUCCAAGCAGCACAUGAACAGAACCAGGUGCUCAACACCAACAGCCGGUACCUGCAUGACACCAUCGUGGACUAUGCGCAGAGGCUGUCAGAGACCCUGCCGGAGCAGCUCUGUGUGUUCUAUUUCCUGAAUUCUGGGUCAGAAGCCAAUGACCUGGCCCUGAGGCUGGCUCGCCACUACACAGGACACCAGGACGUGGUGGUAUUAGAUCAUGCGUAUCACGGCCACCUGAGCUCCCUGAUUGACAUCAGUCCCUACAAGUUCCGCAACCUGGAUGGCCAGAAGGAGUGGGUCCACGUGGUAUGCACUGCCCAACUCACAACAGGUCGGUGCCUGUCCCCAAGCCCGGAUAACAUGGCGCUGUCACUCCUCACAGGCACCUCUCCCAGACACCUACCGGGGCCCCUACCGGGAGGACCACCUCAACCCAGCUAUGGCCUAUGCCAACGAGGUGAAACGUCUGGUCAGCAGUGCACAGGAGAAGGGCAGGAAGUGACAUGCUCAGCUCUCUGGCCUGAGGCAUCAUCACCCUGGUGGCCAUGUGGAGGAUGGACUGGAAAAGGCAUUCAGUUAGAAGACCUCUGCAGGAGUCCAAGGAAGAAACAGGCAGAUCUGCAGGAGGCAGAUUGCAGCCUUCUUUGCCGAGUCUCUGCCCAGUGUGGGAGGGCAGAUCAUUCCCCCUGCUGGCUACUUCUCCCAAGUGGCAGACUCCAGGGAAAAGACUUCGUCCCUGACAUCGUCACCAUGGGCAAGUCCAUUGGCAAUGGCCACCCUGUUGCCUGCGUGGCCACAACCCAGCCUGUGGCGAGGGCAUUUGAAGCCACCGGCGUUGAGUACUUCAACACGAUACCUGCAGGACAAGGACAGGGUGGGCGAGGAAAAGGAGCCAAAGCCCUCCAGUUUGGGGGCAGCCCAGUGUCCUGCGCUGUGGGGCUGGCUGUCCUGAAUGUCUUGGAGAAGGAGCAGCUCCAGGCUCAUGCCACCAGCGUAGGCAGCUUCCUGAUGGAGCUCCUCGGGCAGCAAAAAAUCAAACAUCCCAUCGUCGGGGAUGUCAGGGGUGUUGGGCUCUUCAUUGGUGUGGAUCUGAUCAAAGAUGAGGCCACAAGGACACCAGCAACUGAAGAGGCUGCCUACUUGGUAUCAAGACAUGGAAGAGAAGGUGAGAAGUUGUGAGACGCUGAGGCUCCAGCCCUAAGCCAGCCCUGCUCUGCCUAAGUGUACUCCAGGUGAGUGGGCCUUGCUUCUUGCUCUUGAAGAUGAAGCGCGGGUUCCUUACCAACAGCAGCAAGCAGCCUCAGCAAGCUGAGCCUUUUUUUUUUUUUUUUAAGACGUUUUUUUGUUCUGACUGAUGCUCCUUCCCAAAGGUUAGUUUCUUCAACACUGGAAAUUCUCCAGUGCUUAGCUUGCACUUGAUGGCAGGAACAGCUGUGUCCUCCCUUGAAACCUAUGGGGCUGUAUCCACGUGGAACCCCAACCCACCCUUGCCUCUUGUAACCACCUAGUCUUACGCCCUAAAUACCAGACCUGGAGUUGGGCUCCAAUCCAGCCAAUAAGCAGCCCCUGCCAGAGCAGGCUCUUCCUCACCAGCCAGGAGGGGCACGACUGUGCCCCAGUUCAGAUGGCCCUGGCACUGCCCUAGUGUGUAAAGAAUCCCAUUGUCAUUCAUCAGCCAAGAAGGUUGGUGUUCCAAGGUGUCCCAGGAGGGGACAUGCCUGCUGGGGAUAUAAGCCCUCAUCACUGCCCCAUCCUUACUCCCCACAGGCCUCUCAUUCCUUUCCUUAAAGGGGGCUCAGUCCUAGGCAGGGCAGUCCUUAAAGGACACCCCCACAACUGGGCCUGCAGCUGGAGGAAGCCCCAAGUCCAGGGCACCUGGCACCGCCCCCCCCCCCCCACCCUGAGCAAGAGGUCUCACACAGCAUAUCCCACACUCACCCAGGCUUGGGGGUUUUUAAAUUUUAUUUCAAAAGCUUGGAUAGCUUCAAUAUCCAGGUUGUGGCAAAAUCAGGACACGUGUAAAAUACCUUACAAUACAUUAGAUUCCCAAAAGGUACCAAAAAGUACAGUAAAAUUAACACUUCCGUUACAGGAAAUGUAUGACACAAAUAAUAUAAAAUUAAAAGGUGAAAAAAAAGGUGACACCGGUUUCCUAAGAUACAAUUUACUCUUUACAACCAGGGUCCACAGGUCCAGGCUGCAGAGCAGCAGCCAGAAGCAGAGCCUCCCACCUGGUUCUGGGGGACCUGGUAAUAAAAAUCAGCCCAUGAUGGCACUCUAGCCUCUCAGACACCACACGCUGCCUAAACAACUAGAGCUCUGGAAAUAGUAAACAGGAGAGUGAUUUCCAUGGGGGAAAUUUUAAAUAAGAUGCACAUGGGACAGGCCAUAGAAAGUUUGCCAAGUUAAAUUUGGUACAUAAUUGUGUUCACUCCAUAUCCAAACAAACAAAGCAUGUGUGCGGUCAGUUGGUCGCUCCUGCUGCCGCCUCAGUAUGGCUUGUAGUUAUUCUGAUGGCCACCACGUCGCUGGCUCUUGCCGUAGUUUGUACUACCCUGACCUAGGGACGAGAACAACCAUAGCAGCUACUAUUUACAAGCAUUUGCCCUGUGCCACACGCUUGAUAUGCAUCUCACAGGAUCCUCAGCAGCCCUGUGACAGCAGAGACUGCCUUCCUCAUUUUACUAAGACCCCGAAGUCUAAGGCUCAGAAUCGAGUAGCUCCCGUGGCUGAGCCAGGCCUGUCUGACUCCAAAGCCCCUGCUGCCAGUGGCUCCUACACUGUCUGUCCUGCCUCCCCUGGAGGGGGGUGGGGUGAGCGGAUGGGGCCUCCCUCUCUCCUACUUACUGUAGUCGUAGCCGGGGCCGUAGCCGUAAUAGCCAUAGGGCGAGUAGUCGUAGCCGCCAUAGCCAGGCCCGUAGCCCUGCUGGUAGCCGUAGCCCUGGUUCCAGUAGUUGCCGUAGCCCUGAUUCCAACUCUGACUCUGACCUGUGGGGGGAGCAGGGCACAGGGGCCCGUGGACCAUUUAGCAUACGCAGGAGCUAGGAUGGAGGAAAUCCUGCCCUUUGGGGUGGCAGGGUUACUGUGGCAACUCAGGCAGAAGCCAAGGGGCUGCUGUUCUGGUGUACAGGGCCCUGGGCCCAACCCUACAUCUGAGAGACCCAAGCAGAGGAUCAGAGACCAGGAUGCUAACUUUACUUGGGGCAAACAAGGCAGCUCACUCACUCAGUCACUCUCUGAUCACUCCCACUCUCCUUGGCAGCUUGGCCUUUAAAAAGAUGCACUUCAGGCUUUGGAGUCAGAGGGGCCUGGGAUGGAAGGGGAUAAAUGCCUGGCACAGCUCUGCCCUACCCACCCUUCUGCCUACCUGCUCACAGGUGUACCAGACUCAGGACAUCCACAAAGCCAAAACACCUAUCACGUCCCCUCCCCCAGAGUGUAACACAAAUCUCUGCCCUGGGCACCCAAGCCAUUCCAAGGGGCAGCAGCAGGCAACAGCCUCAAGCAUACAGCCCUGACCCAGAGCCAUUCCUAUUCCUGUUCAUCCCCCACCUCACACAAUCUGCCCGCCCCUGCUGCACAGCACCAGAGGGAGCCCCAAGACAGGCUUGGAAGGCUCCAUGUAGGUAGGGAAACAGGACCAAUCUUCAGGUUCCACUCACCUCCACCUCCUCCACCACCUCCGCUGCCUCGGUUCCCUCGGUUGCGGUUUCCUCGGCCCCCAGAGCCAUACUGCUGCUGCUGAUAGACUUCUUUGGGCUGGGCCACCUUGAUCUCACACUAAAAGCCAAGAGGACAGUGGUCAGGCCAGUAGUGACUACCCAAAGACCUUCACUGCGACAAACAUCACAUGGUGGAUCAGGUCCAUUUGCUCAGAAACAAAAUAUGCUAGUAUGGGAGGCCACCUUUGGGCUAAAGCUCAUGGAAUCCCAACUAAAACCAAGGGGCUUCCAGCAGAGAACCCUUCCCACAGAAUGCACUUGAGAUGGGCAUCUCAGCCCCAGGGCAACUCCAUGUCUAAUGGAGGCAGGCAACAGGGCCAACUGCAGCCGAGGGGAGCAGAGGACAGGCUGGGAGCAGGCACCACACCUUAGUCCUACUGGGCUAGAGGGUCAGACAAGACUUCUCAGAUGAGAAACCUUAGACAAUGAGGUUUUAACACCUUUUUCUCUUUACAGAAGAAACUCAUCUCAUCCAAAUACACGCUAUUGAGAAGGCGAGCCUGACCUCCUUCUUACAGAUAAAGUCAGCUUUCAGAGGCUCAGGGUGGGGGGCCUGCCUGAGGCCAUAAUGCUACCCACCCCCUCCUCCUAACCACUGGUCUGUUGGGAUAACCCACAUGUCUGCAUCCCCUCAAGUCAGUCAAUUUCCUUUUUGUCCACUGGGGGUGGAAUGGGGGAGGGUGGGGUACUUUCAAGUGCUCCUGCUUAAAUAAAUUAGACCAGACCAGUGUAUUUCUAAAGAAAAUCCUGACACACACCCCCAUUAAAAAUAGUACAUUUUACAGUGUCCCAGUCAUACUUUUAAUUGGCAAAUUAAAAUAAUGCAAUCUGA